AGCAUCGCUAGCACUUCACUGCCACUUCAGAGCUUGGCUAUCAGUGAUUGUACCCAGGUUAAGCGCAAGGAUUGUAUGAUGAGCCAUAUGCCAUGAGCCUUCGCCGAUGGCUAGGCUGGCUCGUGCUUCACUCAUUGGUGCAUAUCCGAAGGUUUGACUUGGACUUUGGAUGUCGCCAGGGUGGCUAGCAGGCUUUGUCUUGGAGAAGAUGGCGAAAGCUGGUUUUCAAGGAAGAAUAGCAUACUUAAGGUGGAAUUCCCCUCUUUUGGAGCAUCACCUGCUCAAUUGGCCUCGUCCUUUGCCUGUCUUCCUCCAUCGUGCACAUUCUGAUCAAUUGACUCUCAAGGAACGUCCAAUUGUAACACAAUGCAGUUCAAGCACCUUUCUCUCCUCGCGCUUGCGAGCUAUGUUGCCGCUCAGGAGAACAAUCAAACUGUGCAGGAUCUGAACGCAACAUUGACUGGUCAGGAAAACCUCUCGAACUUGACUACUUUCCUUUCGGCCGAUCCGCAAUUGCUUGCGACUCUCUCGAACGCGACCAACAUUACGAUUCUUGCUCCUUCGAAUGAUGCUUUCAAUAAGCUUGCAGAGUCGCCGGCAUUCCAGGAGCUUGCCGGUGACCCUGCUGCCGUUGCUGCUCUACUCACCUACCAUGUCUUGAACGGAACGAUCCCUGCAUCGGCAAUCACAAACACUAGCACGUUCGUGCCGACUCUAUUGACUGACGAAAAAUUCACCAAUGUCACCGGUGGACAAGUCGUGGAGGCUCUCGUAGUUGGAAACGAGACCGUCUUCUACUCUGGGCUUCUGCAGAAUGCCACUGUCUCCCAAGCUGAUGUUAACUUCACCGGUGGUGUCAUCCACAUCAUUGACUCUGUCCUCACGCUUCCUUUGGAUCUCCUUGACACUGCCAACGCCGCUAACUUGACUGCCGUGCGCGGUGCUAUCAAUGCCACCGAUCUCAUCGAUGUUGUCAACUACACUCCCGAUGUUACCAUCUUUGCUCCUACCAACGAGGCUUUCCAGUCCAUUGGCUCCGCUUUUGAGAAUGCCACUGACAUCCUCGGUUCGGUGCUUGCUUACCAUCUCAUCAACGGCACUGUUGGAUACUCCAACACACUUGAGAACGGCACCUCCCUCCAGACCGCCAAUGGCGCUAACCUGACCAUCACAAUCGAUGGCAAUGGCACUGUCUUCGUUAACUCCGCUCGCGUCGUCGUUCCCAAUGUCUUGAUCGCCAACGGUGUCGUCCACAUCAUUGACGAGGUCCUCAACCCCAACAACACCAACACCCCAGAACCCAGCGCCACCGAAGGUGUUCCCGCAUUCUCUGGCACUCCCGUCAGCGAAGUCCCCUUCAUCUCCGGCCAGCCCACUCCCACCACCCAGAUCAACCCCACUGGUGAGGGACCCGGCCCUGCCUCCACCAACGCCGGUGAGACUUCUUCGUCAACUGGUGCUGCCAUGCCCAUGAAGACCGGUGCUGUUGGUGCGGCCGCCCUCUUCGGCGCCGUCGGUGCCGUCAUGGCUGGCAUGUAAGCAUUUUGAUGUGCUCGUACCCUAACAAAAGAGACAAAAUGGCAAAUUGAAGCCUUUUCUGGUUAAAAGGGAAGUGAGAACGACUAAUGGGAAUGAGUGAUGUUGGGUUUCUUUUCCAAUUGGAUAUUUGA